GUUAUUUCCUAUGGCAAUUUUUGCAGGUUCUGCUCCCAACAUAAUGUGCAUUCAAGUUUAUAGUACAUGCUCGACUUGACGUGCAGCGAUCUUUCGGGAGAGUGACGAUGAUGCGGAACAGGAUUUUGCAGUGACUUAAUUUUGAAAGUUUUCGCGUAUUUCAUUGAGAUGGCCUUUGGCAAUGGCUAUGACGCUUUCCAAGAUCCGGAGUUAUUCCGUAGCCCCGAAGAAGCCGAAUUUUUGGAGAGUGCAAGGAACAUGUUUCCGUCUCUGUCAAAUGAACAGAUCCUCAAUGCUUGGAGAGCGAACAACAGUGAUUUAGAGCGUACCCUAGAUACUUUGUUGAGGGCGUCCGACGCUCAGGAGGUGGACUCCUCUGGCCAUCAAAACGCAAACCACAUGUCCUCAAAUUCUCGCGGAUCUUUCUGCACGUCGAUCAAUGCAGUUGGUUCGCUUUCACAAAGCUCCCACGGAGCUCAUUAUCCUGGUGUUCCGAUUGCUUCGAGUUCAAGCAGCUCAUCCGGGGAAUUUCGCAUCGAAAACUUCGUUCCUGUUCAAGAACGUCGCCGAUUGCGAACGGAAUUCUUCCGAGGGUUUCUUCCGGACGCCGAUCCUGACUUUUUGCGUGAGAAAGCCGAGCAGUUCGGUGAUAAUGAAGUGGACAUAUGCGAAUGGUUGGAGUCAGCUAUGCAAACCCGCAAUUACCCGAAGCUUCUCGAUUACCUGAAACGAAAAGAGGUGGAGGACGUGUUGAAUCGAUACGGGAGCAUGAAUGCACAGGACUUCUUGGGAUCGUUUCCGGAUCCGAAGAAUUACUUCGACAACGUUGAAAGGACUCCUUCGAAGCUUUACAGCGAAAAUGUUCUUGCUUUGUUGAAAAUCAUCUUCUUGGGUGUCAACGAAGAGCGUUUGCGAUUUGGUUUGCAAAAUGGGCGCGGAUUAUUGAUCCCGAGUCUGAAGAGUCUUCAAGACUUGGGAAUUAAACGUGGCCCUUUGCCUUCCUGUAGUGUUUUCUUUCAGCGGGAUGCUUUCGAUCUUACGUUCCUUCAAGAGAUGACGUAUCUUCGAUUGGAGACGGAAAUCGAGACCGAAUCGGGUUUGCGGAAAUGUCAGAAGCGAUCCGCCGUGAACGAAGCCAAGAAGAGCGGGACUUUGUUGGAAUGCGCCAUUUGCUGCAUGGACGAUUUCUUGGUCUCGGACAUGCGUGAAUGUGUCAGAGGGCAUCUUUUCUGUUCCACGUGUCUGAAAAGACAUGCUGAAAUUUCCGUUGCGGAAGGGAAACAUGUGUCUUGUUUGCACGCGGAUUGUAGCGAAUCUGUCGCACUGUCUCAGCUACGCGAUCUGUUGUCUCCGAACGUUUUUGCUUCCGUUUUGCGGUAUGUGCAGAAGACUGAGUUGGAUAAUGCCAAGCUGGGGCACCUGGAAGCGUGUCCGUUUUGCGGUUUCGAAAUGGAAUUUGAGGAUGAAUCGCUCACGGUGUUCGAGUGCAUCAACCCGCUGUGUCGGAUGAAUACUUGCAGGAAAUGCAAACGAAGCGACCAUCGUCCGUUGCUUUGUUACAACGUCGAGGAUGACAACCAAGUCAAGGCUCGUCGCAUCUUGGAGGAAAGCCUUUCGGAAGGAAUACUGCGACAGUGUCCUAAGUGCAAGCGUGAAAUCAUCAAAAUUGAAGGCUGUAAUGCGAUGACGUGCCUUUGUGGCGCGAGGUUUUGCUACAAUUGUCGACAGAUUAUCGAUCGAGGAUACGCGCAUUUUGAUAGAGGACGGUGUGCGACCUGGGCCGUCGCAGACGAACUGUACAAGAGAGAUUUAUCUUUGGCGGUUGAACAGGGACGGAAACGUGUUCGAGAAACUGUUGGAGACGUGAAAUUGUUGCAUGAUCCCACUAAAAAUCUGUUGGAGGAUCAGAAGAGGCUUUGA